ACACAAUUAUUCAGCAAAUUUUCUCUAAUAAUAAUACAAUGGUAAUCAAGGUUCAUGGUCCUGUCCAGUCACCGGCGGUAUUGAAAGUGAUAGCAUGCCUCAAAGAGAAGGAGCUUGAUUUUGAGCUUGUUCAUGUUAAUUUGCCUGCUGGUGAUCACAAGAAGGAACCUCUCAUUUCCCUCAAUCCAUUUGGUCAAGUUCCAGCAUUUGAAGAUGGAGAUCUCAAGCUUUUUGAGUCAAGGGCCAUUACACAAUAUAUAGCUCACACAUAUGCAGACAAAGGGAAUCAACUUCUACCCAAUGAUCCUAAGGAAAUGGCAAUCAUGUCUGUGUGGAUGGAAGUAGAAUCAACAAAGUUUGACACUCCAGGUUUCAAUUUAACCUUUGAGAUAGCUCUUAAGCCACUAUUCUUCCGCGCGGCGACAGAUGAAGCAGCAGUGACAGAUAAUGAAGAAAAACUUGGCGAAGUUCUUGAUGUGUACGAAUCAAGACUUAAGGAGUCAAAAUAUUUGGGUGGAGAAAGUUCCACACUAGCAGAUUUGUACCAUAUACCUAUUGUAAACUAUUUGAUGGGGACUAAAGUUAAGAGUUUGUUUGAUUGUAGACCUCAUGUUAGUGAUUGGUGUGCUGAUAUCUUGGCAAGGCCAGCUUGGUCUAAGGCACUUGACUACUUGAGUGCAGAAACAGUGAAAUUACCACAUGAAUAUGGCCUAUGUAUCAGCAGGUUAAUAAACAUGGGCCAUGAUUAAAGACUUUUUCUAUAUUUUGUUUUAUGUUGUUCGCCUUUUUUUUUCCCUUUCAUCCUUUGUCUUCAAUACUGUUGUGUACUCUUUUUCGAGAAAUCAAAGUUCUCAUAUUAUCUGCUGUGUUUCUAUUGCUA